GCCCUCUCCUCAUCACCUCCUCAAUAACAUCCCUCUUCUUCUCACUUUAGCCACUAUGGGCUCCAUGUUUCGCAGUGAGGAGGUGUGCCUGGUGCAGCUCUUCCUUCAGUCGGGCUCGGCCUACAAUUGUGUCAGCGAGCUGGGAGAAUUGGGCCUGGUUGAGUUCAGAGAUUUAAAUCCCAACGUGAACGCCUUUCAGAGGAAGUUUGUCGGGGAGGUUAGACGAUGCGAGGAACUUGAGAAAACUUUUACUUUCCUGGAGCAAGAGAUCAAUCGCUCCUUGUCUCCACCAUUGAAGGGCCCCCUCCCUCCUCCAUGCCCAACACCCAUGGCCCCUCAGCCGCGUGAGCUCAUCACCAUAGAAGAAGAGUGCGAGCGCCUGGCCAGAGAGCUUAAAGAGGUGUCAAGGAACAGAGACAGCCUGCGAGCUCAGAUGACCCAGCUCUGCCAAUACAGAGGAGUUCUGACCAAAACACACUCUUUAACAGCCUCACAGGCACCACCACCUGUACUGGAAAGCCAAGGCCUGUUCGAUAAUCGCCAAGAUGUCCACCUCAGUUUUGUGGCAGGAGUGGUCCAUCCUUGGAAGGUCCCCUCGUUUGAACGGUUAUUAUGGCGGGCAUGUCGUGGUUAUAUCAUUGUGGAUUUCAGAGAAAUGGGGGAUCGACUUGAGCAUCCGGACACGGGGGAAAUGGUGCAGUGGACAGUUUUCCUCAUUUCCUUUUGGGGAGAUCAAAUUGGACAGAAAGUGAAGAAGAUUUGUGAUUGCUUCCGCACACAGACAUUUAUCUACCCUGAGAACCCUGCUGACAGAGAGAAGAUUCUUCAGGGGCUUGAAGGCAGAAUUGAAGAUAUCAGAUCAGUGUUGUCACAGACUGAGUCCUUCCUGCAGCAGCUGCUGAUGCGGGCGGUGGCUGCGCUGCCUCAGUGGAAGGUGCGAGUGCAGAAAUGUAAAGCUGUUCAGAUGGUGCUGAAUCUCUGCAGCCCCUCAGUCACUGACAAAUGCCUGAUCGCUGAGGCCUGGUGUCCCACUUCCAAGCUGCCUGAACUGCAAAGUGCUCUAAGAGAAGGAGGGAGGAAGAGUGGCAGUGGGGUGGACUCUUUCUACAAUCGUCUACCGACCUCCACCCCUCCACCCACCCUGUUUCCUCUGAACUCUUUCACAGCCGGUUUCCAAAACAUUGUUGAUGCUUAUGGAGUAGCCAGCUACCGUGAAGUCAAUCCAGCCGUGUACACCAUAAUUACGUUCCCUUUCCUGUUUGCGGUGAUGUUCGGGGAUGUGGGUCAUGGUUUACUGAUGACUCUGGCUGCCCUCUGGAUGGUCCUCGAGGAGAGGGACCCCAAACUGAAGAGCAACACUAAUGAGAUCUGGAGGAUGAUGUUUGGAGGACGAUAUCUGAUUCUGCUGAUGGGCCUUUUCUCGAUCUACACUGGGGCCAUAUACAACGAGUGCUUCAGCAGAGGCCUCAGCACCUUCAGCUCAGCGUGGCACGUUGGCCCCAUGUUUGAGAAGAACAUUUGGAAUUCAACCGUCCUGGCAGAGAACCAGUACCUGUCCAUGGAUCCCGUUGUGCCAGGGGUUUUUUCCAGCCCUUAUCCAUUUGGCAUUGACCCGAUCUGGGGGCUGUCCAACAACAAACUGACUUUCCUUAACUCGUACAAGAUGAAGAUGUCAGUCGUAGUUGGCGUCAUUCACAUGACUUUUGGAGUCUGCUUGUCAUUCUUCAACUACUGGCACUUUGGCCAGUUAAGCAGUGUCUUCUUUGUGCUGAUCCCUGAGCUCUUCUUUAUGGUCUGUCUGUUUGGCUACCUGGUCUUCAUGGUGGUCUUCAAAUGGAUUGCCUACACUCCUGCCCAGUCCAAAAUUGCCCCCAGUAUACUAAUCCACUUCAUAGACAUGUUCCUCUUCACAGACAACCCUGAAAACCCCAAACUCUACACAGGACAGAUUGUGGUGCAGAAGGCCCUGGUACUGCUGGCUUUGUGUUCUGUCCCGGUUCUACUGUUUGGGAAACCCACUUGUGAAUAUAUCACAUUCAAGAACAGACGAAGACAGACAGAGGAAGACAGAUGUCCACUUGUGGCUGAAGAUGGCUCCAUAAACACUCGUCAGGGGGAGGUAGAAGGGGCUGCAGCUGAAGAGGAGGAGUUCGAUGCUGCAGAUGUAUACAUGCAUCAGGCUAUCCACACCAUAGAGUACUGCCUGGGCUGCAUCUCCAACACGGCCUCUUACCUCCGACUCUGGGCUCUUAGUUUGGCUCACGCACAACUCUCUGAGGUUUUGUGGGUGAUGGUGUUGCGUAUUGCUCUGAAGUGGGAGGGCUAUGUUGGAUCCAUUGUCCUCUUUGUGGUUUUUGCCUUCUUUGCUAUGUUGACCGUCUCCAUCCUACUGGUAAUGGAGGGACUGUCAGCUUUCCUGCACGCGCUCCGUCUACACUGGGUGGAGUUUCAGAACAAGUUCUACAGUGGAUCAGGCUACAAGCUGAGCCCUUUUUGUUUCUCAUCUCUGAUCAAUGCAUCACCUCCUAUAUGAUCGACAAAUUGUUCACUUGAGAUUGGCAAAAGGUUAUGUUAACCUAUGUACAUAAUUAACUACUUGGACUCAACUGCACACAUCAGAUUUACUGCCUGUCUUAACAAUGGUCCUCUAUUGGGUUAUGAAACGGUUUAAUUCACUUGAACAAAAAGCAUCACGGUAUUGAUUCUUAUUUUUGCAUUGGUAGAAUGAGAAUGUGUCCCCAAAUAAUGAAUUACAACGGCAUAGUAUGAACUGAACAAAUGUACCUUUUAUGGCCCCUUAAUAAUAAUUGUUUUCACUUACUGAAAUGUACUGCUUUCUAAUCACAUUUUGUACCCCAACAAUAGUUAGUAAUCAUUUACUUUUUGCCUUAUGAACAUAUAUUAAAGGAGUCUAUUAUGAAAAGGGAAAGCACAUCAAUGAAUGCAUGUGUUCUGCAGUCUAAGGGAAUGUAAGGUUGUUGACAUUGCUCUUGAUCAUUGAGCUGUGCUCCAACAAGCCAGUCCAUGAGAUAAUUUUUAAUGAUGGCAGGGAAAAAUCCGAAUGAUCUUCAUAAGCCAAAGAAACUUUUCUUUCAUUGACUUGUCUUCCAAACACGACAGAUAUUUAUUGGUGAUUAAAAGUUUGUCAUGUGCCUUACUUGAACUGAGUGCUUGUAUAAAUCCAAUCUUUCGGACAGAUCAAAACAUCGUCAUCAUGCCGCUAAGACAUGUACCGGUAUCCAUUUUUGUCUGACCGUUUGCACUGUAAAAAUUGAACAAAUCUCAGCUGAAAAUUAAAUAUGAUUCUCUUGUCAUUCAUUUUA